UUAUGAUAGCAUGUGAGGGGAGCUGCAUCAGUUUGGGGCGGCAUCUCAUAGCGCGUGGACCUACGGUCUGACUCACUAUGGUUUCCGAGAGUAGGUCGUCAAGGAGGUCCUGACCGGAUCUUACCAGAGUUAACUGAGACAAAGCCAUCCCAUGGAUCCAAACAUCCAAAGUUCUUUCCUGUUCAACAACAGCCUCAACCAGUUUACCGGCGAGAUCAAGGCGCCGGUCUGUCAGUACUCGGUACCGAAUUCUUUCUACAAGCUCAACACGAGCCUCAGCAGUCAGUUGCCACCGGGGACCCCGCAUGGCAUCAGUGACAUCCUGAGCCGCUCCAUGGUGGGGGUGGGCUGCGUGGGCACCACCAACGGCCUACUCUCCGGCUACUCCACCAUGGGGGAUUUCGGCCCACCCGUCUCCAGCACGUCCAUGUAUUACGGCCGAGACUACGGCUCGACCUUGAACGGGUUGGCCAAGACCGGCGCCGAGUAUCCCAUGAAGGGUCGCGGCUUGAGCUGCUGGGCCGAGAGCGGCUGCGACUGGAGAGGAGACAAGCAGGAGUGUGCCAACAGCGGUCCCCUGGGGGAAAUGUCGGGUCGGAAGAAGCACACCAGGCCGACCUUCAGUGGGCAUCAGAUCUUUGCUCUGGAGAAGACCUUUGAGCAGACCAAGUAUUUGGCCGGGCCGGAGCGGGCCAGACUGGCUUAUUCUCUCGGCAUGACUGAAUCUCAAGUCAAGGUUUGGUUCCAAAACCGCCGCACCAAGUGGAGGAAGAAAAGCGCGUCGGAGCCAAGCUCCACGCAGACCAACGCUGGGCAGGCCGGCGAGUCCUCGGACAAUGAGGUGGAGGACGAGGAGUACAACAAGCCCCUGGACCCGGACUCUGAUGAUGACAAGAUCCGCUUGCUGCUGCGCAAGCAUCGCAGAGCUUUCUCGGUCCUGCGUCUUGGGCCUCACCACGUAUGAUGCAUACUCGUAUACGUACACGUGUGCAUGGAGCAUGCAUCGAGGAGGGGAACGGGGCAGGGAUGGCUUCAUGGGGCGGUGGCCCUGGGCGUCCACCGGUCGACGUAAAAUUUCAAUGACAGACCGCCGGCAAAACUAUUGGCAGUCAUGUAGAAGGAGGAUCUGCUUUUGAUAGAGGAGUCCUCAAACUUGAAAAGUUUCCGUCCCAAUGUUGACAAAUUAAUUUCCUGGGGCAUAAUAACUGAGUAGCAUCUAGCAAGCUUCGGCACGGACACUGAGGUCCUCUGAAGACAUCCAUGCCCCAAAACAAUGCAAGAAGAUGUAUACUGGGUA